AUGACAAGAAGAUGGCGCUUAAUCGCCGGGAUCGGCUCCAUCGCCGUCGCCGGUGUGGCGGUGGCGUCGCUGGACAGAGUCAGGGAAGCUCUAGACGGCAGCCGGUCCGAGACUGAUCCCGAGGACCCGGGGACCGGGGUCGAAUCGCGCGGUCUGGGCGUGGCUGGGGACCCUUCGCUGGCGGCACGGAGCCGGGCAGGCAGCUCCCUCCAGCACGACCCCGCCGCAUCAUCCGCGUCCACGCUGCUGGCGCUGCGCUGUCUGCGUGGCUGGGCCCAGGCCUCGGUGGUGAACUGCGCGACGCUGGCACGCGCCGGCGCCGGCCCCGUGCUGCCGCGCUUCCUUGCCCUCGCCGCCGGCCAGCCGGAGCGCCAGGAGCUGUGCGGCCUGAUGAAGGACCUGGCGCGCGGCUGCCCGCCCAGCGUGCCCCUUGAAGCCGCCGGGUGGCUGCACCCGCAGCUUUGCACGGCGGCCGACGCGGCGGCGGCGGGGGAGGGUGCACUCCUGCACGCAUCGCUCACCGCCUUUGCGGCCUGUGUGAGGAGGCGGGGCCCGGGGGACGGUGUGCCGCCGGCGCUGCUCAAGGGCACCGUGCUCCCGCUCCUGCACCGCAUCUCCGCUGGAGGAAAUGAGGGCCCGCGUCGCCCUGUCGCCACGGUGGUGAGGGCGCUGGCCAUGACAGGGGCCCUGGACCCCGCCGCCCGCGACGCCUGGGCCGAGACCGUGCUGGGCUGGGCGCGGCACGCCGCGGGCGAGCCGUCGGGAGAGGCCGACGCUGCCACGCUGCGGCGGAGCGCGCGGGCCUGCCAGCCCUUCACGCUGGCGCUGGAGAGCCUGGUGGAGGCGGGGUGCAGGGCCGGGCUCUACGCCUGGCUGGCCGAGAUGGUGGUGGCCCUUUCCUUCGUCGUGCAGCCCUACGGCGAAGAGGCCCUGGCUGCUGUGAUGACCGCGCUGGCGUCGGACGAGGCGCGGCGCGCGUGGCUGCUACGCAUGGGCGUGCUGCGCGCGCUGCGCCUGGUGCUGGCGGCGCAGGAGGGCCCGCCCGCCGACGACGCGGAGGCGGGCUGGACGGCGCCCGGCCUGGCGGGGGGCGGCACGCUGACCCUGGCCCUGGCGCAGCAGGCCGCGCGCCUGCUGUCCCUGCUGGGGACGCCGCUGAUGGACGUGGUCUUCGUCCACGGCAUCCGGGGCGGCGCCUUUGCCACGUGGCGCCAGGAGGGCUCACCGCGCCCGGGCAAGGGCGCCGCGUUUGAGCACCACGCCUGCUGGCCGGCGGCCUGGCUGUCCGAGGAGCUCCCGGAGGCGCGCCUGCUGACCGUGGAGUAUGCUGCUCCUGCCAGUGGGUGGGAGGGCGAGUCGCUGCCCUUCGAGCACACCGUGGCCCAGCUGGCGGGCAUGCUCUUGGACGCCGGCGUGGGGGCGCGCCCCACGGUAUUUGUCUGCCACUCCAUGGGCGGCGUGCUGGUCAAGGAGCUCCUGGCGCAAGCCCAGGCCAAGGAGAACGGGCACGCCUGGCACAAGCUGGCUUGCAACACGCUAGGCCUGGUGAGCUACGCUGUGCCCCACUCCGGCUCGCGCCUGGCGGACCUGGGCUGGCAGCUGCGGUACGUGGGCGGCUUCCCCGCGGGCGCCGUGGCGCAUCUGAAGACCAGCGAGCUGCACCUGGAGGACGUGAACGCGGCGGUGCGUGGCAUGCACCGCCGCGGCGGCCUGGCCGUGCUGUCCUUUGGCGAGGGCAAGCCGACGCGGGUGGCCUACAUCAAGACGCUGGUGGUGCCGCUGGAGAGCGCCUAUCCGGGGUACGGCGAAUUCUUCGUGCUCCCCUCCCACGACCACAUCUCCGCCUGCAAGCCCACCGACCGCUCCGAUGCCGCCUACGCAAAGGCGCUGGACUUCCUGGGGCGCACUGUGUAUCAGACCAUGCAAACAGUCAGUAUGCAACUCCAGAAGAGCCCUGCUGUGCACGAGGAAGUAUGGCUCUACUGCUCCCCCGCCAUCCUCGAGGCCUAG